GUAUUCUGUACUUGGAGCAAAUUAAUACACGUUUUUAAUCAUGGCUCUCGUAUCUGGGCCGGGUCGAGCAGGCUCUGCCACUCUGCCGGAAGAACUUCAGCUCGCUAUCGAGUCUCACGUAAAAUAUAUACAGAGUCUCGACUCCCGCAAAGAUGAGCUCGAAUAUUGGCAUACAGAACAUUUGCGAAUAAACGGACUCUACUGGGGGCUCACUGCACUUCAUUUACUCGGCCGACCUGAUGCGCUGCCGAGACGGGACACAAUUGAUUUCAUUUUAAGCUGCCAGCACAAAAAUGGUGGUUUUGGAGCUGCCCCAGGUCAUGAUGCACAUUUGCUAUAUACAGUUAGUGCCGUGCAGUCAUUGGUGAUGAUAGAUGCGGUGGAAGAUCUCGAGCGGAACUUGGAUGGCAAGGGAAAAGAUUUAGUUGGAAAAUACCUUGCGGAUCUACAAAAUAAGGAUACGGGAACUUUUUCAGGAGAUGAGUGGGGCGAGGAAGAUACUAGAUUUCUCUAUGCAGCGUUCAAUGCUCUUUCACUGCUAAAUCUCCUACAUUUGGUGGAUGUUAACAAGGCAGUGGACUACAUUGUUUCGUGUGCGAAUUUUGAUGGAGGUUAUGGAGUUAGCCCUGGAGCAGAAUCACAUUCGGGACAAAUAUUUGCCUGCUUGGGUGCAUUGUCAAUUGCAAAGCGCAUAGACGUGGUUAAUAUUGAUAAGCUGGGUAGAUGGUUGAGUGAGAGGCAAUUAGAGUGCGGUGGACUGAAUGGCAGACCUGAGAAAAAAGAAGAUGUUUGUUACAGCUGGUGGGUUGCGACGAGUCUCGCUAUGAUUGGGAGGCUGCACUGGAUUGAUGGAGAGAAACUCGCCCAUUUCAUCUUAAAGUGUCAGGACACAGAGGAAGGUGGCUUUGCCGAUAGACCAGGUGAUAUGGUCGAUGUCUUUCAUACCUGCUUCGGUGUUGCCGGCCUGUCUCUUCUAGGGUUCCCUGGUGUCGAAGAGGUUGAUCCAAUGUACUGUAUGCCGAAGAGAAUAACUGAGCGAGUGCUAGGGCAACCCUAAGAUAUCUCUGGAUAAUGAUAUUAUGAAUUAUGAAUUAGGUGAAAGUAUUCCCAUUGAUCUGUCUACCGGGCCUUUGUAGCUUUGGGUGUUUUCGGUAAGUGGACAACGGCUUUUCAUAAGUUUGACUUUUCACAUAAAUUCUUCGAUACUCAACGUACGAUCUGAUCACGGAAGUAAGUCGAGCAACAGUUUAUUAUGAAUAAUUCCUUAUUGUAGCCAAACACACACUUCAUCCAACUCCUGCCAUCUAAUAACCUUAUAUCGAGUAACACGUGGUACCAGGAUACAAGGCAGGAGAAGAGCAAUUCAUUGACCAUGAGGUGUUUAUGACUUGCUAGUAGCAUAAACACUCAAAUGUCAACGGGACAUGAUAUUGAAGAAAUGUGAUAUGGACCUCUAUGCUUUUCGUACUUUUCAUCAUGGUUUAUUGUCUGUAGAGUUACGGCUCAGCUAGAAUCAGAGGUAAAGUGAAGUGAUGGGAAAGGGUGAGAGAACAGAAUUGGCCGAUGAUAUGAGAAAUCAUGGAAGUGCCAUUGCAAUUCAAGCAAGACGGGCCCUCGUAUAUGAGUAUUCUGGUCAAGGAGUAGAAUGGGUGAAAUGCUCCCCUCUCUGUUGUUCCCAUUUAGUUGGCAUAAAAUGGACAUUAUCACAACUUAGCUAUGCUUUCUAUCUCUAAACAUCAAUGACUCAACAACCGA